AUGGCCUUCCCUGCGCUUCAUAUUGUCGAGCCCAAGGGUGCUCACACUCACUCGGCCAUUCUCCUCCACGGCCGCGCGAGCAACGGUGCUGAGUUCGCUGAAGAGUUCUUCGACUCACACACGUCCGAGAAGAAGAAUCUACCAGCCCACUUUCCUGGCUGUAGAUGGGUGUUCCCUACAUCUCGAGAGCGAUGGAGUGUUGUAUUCGAGGAGAACAUGACAGCCUGGUUUGAUAUCUAUUCUCUCGUGAAUAUCUCAGAGAAGCAGGACCUUCAGGUUGAGGGGCUUAAGGAGUCUACAGCAUAUCUACUGGACAUCCUGGAGAGUGAAAUCGCACUUCUCGGAGGCAGAAGCGACAGGCUCGUACUCAUCGGGAUGAGCCAGGGCAUGGCAACAGCUCUCUGGACACUCCUGUGCUCUCCCGGACGAAUCAAGGGCAAGAUAGGAGGCUUUAUAGGCAUGUCUGGCUGGCUCCCGUUUGCCGGCGAUAUACUCGACCUACAAUCUCAGUCUCCAUCUCAGUCUUUGCAAGAUGUUAUAUCGACUCGAUAUGGAGAGCAUAUUCAAGCUACGGAUGAAGAGGUCAAGGCCAUGCUGUCUACACCGGUGAUGCUGCUACAUGGGACAGACGAUGCCUGGGUGGACGUUGAGCUGGGUCGACAGGCACAUGCAGGCCUGACCAAGCUGGGGAUGCACGCUGUCUUCAAGGAGUAUACGGGUGCGGAGAAUGACGGGCACUGGGUCAAGGAGCCGGAGGGUGUCGAUGAUAUUGCAGGGUUCCUUGGGGAUAUCUACCCGGGGGAGACAUAG